AUGAAUUCGUUUGAACAUGCGCUAACUUUUAGAAAAGAGUUAUUAAUUUCGGGAAAAUAUAGAAUAAUCAGAAGAAUAGGUGGUGGAUCAUUUGGCGAUAUUUAUUUAGGAAUAAACAUUUCAAAUGGCGAGGAGGUAGCAGUGAAGGUUGAAUCUAUAAAAGCGCGGCACCCGCAACUUCUCUAUGAGAGCAGAGUGUAUAAGAUGCUCCAAGGGGGCAUCGGCAUACCACACAUAAGAUGGUACGGCUACGAGAAGGAUCACAACAUCUUGGUGAUGGACCUCCUUGGUCCAUCACUCGAGGACCUUUUCAACUUCUGCUCCCGCCAGUUCACCAUCAAGACUGUUCUUAUGCUGGCAGAUCAAAUGCUGGGCCGCGUGGAGUUCAUCCACUGCAAAUGCUUCAUCCACCGUGAUAUCAAACCGGACAACUUCCUGAUGGGUAUCGGCCGCCAUUGCAACAAACUCUACAUGAUCGACUUCGGCUCGCUAAGAAGUUCCGAGACCUGCGCACACGCACGCACAUCUCAUACCGCGAGGAUAAGAACCUUACUGGUACGGCUCGGUACGCCUCUAUAAACGCCCACCUCGGCAUCGAGCAGUCACGGCGGGACGACAUGGAGUCGCUUGGAUACGUACUUAUGUAUUUCAACAGAGGUUCGCUGCCAUGGCAAGGUCUGAAGGCGAUCACCAAAAAGCAGAAAUACGAGCGGAUCAGCGAGAAAAAGAUGUCGACGCCCGUUGAGGUGCUCUGUAAGGGAUUCCCGGCUGAGUUUGCGAUGUAUUUAAAUUACUGCCGCGGAUUGACCUUUGACGAGGCUCCCGAUUACAUGUAUCUUAGACAGCUGUUCCGCAUCCUAUUCCGGACGAUGAACUACCAGUACGACUACACGUUCGACUGGACCAUCCUGCGGCAGCGCAAGCAGCACAUGGAGGCCGGCGCCGCGCCCGCCGACCGACGCUCGCCCUCCGUACAGCGGCGCGCCGCCCAGCAACCCAGCCAGCCGCCGCCCAACAACGAG